CGCUCACCUUGCUUAAGAUGCGAUUAUUUGAAUUAGUAGUUUUGUGAGAGUGAAGAAAGUUCUAUGUAUUAGUAGGUAUUAGUGAAGUAAUUUGCUGCACAUCGUUGGUAUUUCUAUGCCGUUACCUUGACUGUUUACUGUGGAAAGAAAAUGUGUACUGGUUUGAGAAUGUGAUAUCAAUAAUUAAUAUGUGUAAUACAUUUGAUCAUCGUUCGAACUCGAAUGGGAACCCAAAAUAUAGCGUUUGGAGACAAAGUCUUCCGCAAAUAAUUGCAGUUUUUAUAAAGAAUACCUUACUGUUUAUCCAUGGUAUGAGCUUGGGAUUUCCGACAAUUUUGGUACCAGGAAUAUCUGGAAAUGACCGUUCCGAAACGAUUCUAUUCGGUCAAGAUGAAAUAUCCUGGAUUGGUUCUAUAAAUCUAAUAUUUAUACCCAUGGGUUGCUUGAUCUCUGGUUCCAUCACGCAAGCCAUUGGAAGGAAAAGAGCAAUGCAGAUUAUUAACAUACCAUUUAUUGUAUCGUGGCUGCUUUUCCACUUUUCCACGAAAUCUUGGAUAAUUUUUGUUGCUGCGUCCAUAUUAGGGUUCAGCGGCGGUUUAUUGGAGGCCCCAGUAUUAACAUACGUAGCAGAGGUAACCCAACCACAUCUUCGAGGAAUUCUCUCAUGCACUGGCACCAUGACCGUCACAUUGGGAAUGUUAAGCCAGUUUAUCUUGGGAUCAUUUAUGAAAUGGCGUACAGUGACCCUGGUUAAUUGUUUUAUACCCAUCAUUUCAUUUCUUUUGCUGAUGAUUGUACCAGAAACACCUGUGUGGCUACUAUCUAAAAAUCGCAUAGAAGAAGCCAAGAAAAGUAUAGCGUGGUUAAGGGGAUGGACUGCUAUAGAAGAUAUUCAAGAUGAAUUUCAAGAACUGCAUAAGCAGAUUUAUAAUGAAAAAGAAUCAGGCAAUUUUAAAGAAGUGAUUUCGCAGAAAUUGAAAAAUUUGAAGCUUUUUUCGAAACGUAUCUUCAUAUAUCCAAGUUCCCUAUUAGCUUUUGUAUUUUUCCUUGGACAUUUUAAUGGAUACGGGCCAUUCCAAGUUUAUGCCAUUAAAAUAUUUCAACAGAUGAAAGUUUCGAUUGAUCCUUACUAUUUAACGAUUAUUUUGGGAGUAAUGCAACUUCUGGGAAGUUUUGUGUGCGUUACUUCUAUCAGAUUUUUAGGAAAAAGAACUUUAACCUUUUUUUCACUAUGUAUGUCAGGAAUUUGUUGUUUAAUAGUAGGCAUAUAUGCUUAUAACAAAAAUAUUCUUAAAUUUGAUCCAUCGGGAGUCAGCGAAGAGCCAGUAAAUUUGGAACAAGGUAACUGGAUACCUGCAGCAUGCCUAAUCUUAUUUGGAUUCUUCGCAUAUGUAGGAAUCAAGGGGUUGCCAUUUAUAUUAAUUGGUGAGCUAUUUGCUGUAGAAAUACGAGCAUUUUCUUCUGGUUUUUCUGCAGGGGUAGGGUAUGUAUUCGGUUUUAUUGCAAACAAAACUUUCUUAGGAAUGGUAUCAAACUUUGGUUUCCCUUGGGUAUUUUGGUUUUAUACUACUGUAGGCUUAUUGGGGGCUAUAGGUUUAUAUUUCGUUCUUCCCGAAACUGAGGGAAAGACGCUGUAUGAAAUAAGCGAACACUUUGCUGGAAGAUCCAAGUUAAGCAACAGUGUUAGAAGAAACAAGAAAAAAGGAUCACAAGAAAACGGAUGCCAUAAUGUUGCAUUUGAUGCAGAAGAAGGAGCCGAAAGAAUAGAAAGCAAAUUAUGAUAUGAAAUUAUUGUAGGAUUAAUUUGGUGUACUUGUAUAGUCAAGUAAAGUUAUUUUAUUUUACAAAAUAGUGUUUUGUAAACACAACACGAAUGUUAUUUAUUUUUGAAAAAUUGAUAAGUGUUGAAAGUAGGUUAAGUCAUAAUUCUUUUAUUUAUUGAAUUGUUUUAAAAAGGUUACUCGAAUAUUUGAAAUUGAUGAUGUGUUUGUUUCUAUUAUUAUGUAAUAUAUUUUUAUUUGAUAAAAAUACUUUUUUAUGUAAAA